UCAGGUUCCUCCUGAAGCAAAAAAUAUCUCCUCCAACCAAGUCUUGUUGCAGACUCUCUUCCUCCUCAAUCUCUCUCGUGUCUCUCUCUCUCUUCAUACAAGCAGCAACAGAUGCUCACUGCAAGUGUGCUAUCAUCAUCAUCGUCAUCAUCAUUUCAUGUCACUUUCUCCAAAUCCAACCAUCAACUCCCCAUAAAUGCUUCCCUCCUCAAUCCAAAUCCUUCCCAAACCCCCAACUUCUCAUCUUCUCUUUUCACCAAACCCACCAAAGCCUCCACCUUUCCCAACAUUAAUGGCUACCCAUUUGGCCUAUCUUAUGGAACCAGUUUCCAGAUCCGAUAUCCAACCCUAAAGUCUCAUAUUCCUCGUGCAGCUUCAUCUUCUGAACCAAACCCACCAGGGGAAACAUCAGUUUCAAAGCCCAAGAAUCUGCAGCUUGCCAUUAUAUUUGGCCUCUGGUACUUUCAAAACAUUGUCUUUAACAUCUACAACAAGAAGGUUCUCAAUAUCUUCCCAUUUCCGUGGCUACUCGCUUCUUUUCAGCUCUUUGCAGGCUCUGUUUGGAUGUUCAUUCUCUGGUCAUUGAAGCUGCAGCCUUGCCCCAAAAUCACUAAACCUUUCAUUAUUGCACUACUUGGACCUGCACUGUUUCACACCAUAGGUCAUAUAUCAGCUUGUGUUUCAUUCUCCAAGGUUGCUGUCUCAUUCACUCACGUCAUCAAAUCUUCAGAACCUGUUUUUUCUGUUGUUUUUUCCUCCUUUCUUGGUGAUUCAUACCCUUUGAAAGUAUGGCUCUCCAUUCUCCCCAUUGUUUUGGGUUGCUCUCUAGCUGCAAUUACUGAAGUCUCCUUCAAUUUUCAAGGCUUGUGGGGUGCAUUGAUUAGUAAUGUGGGGUUUGUUUUAAGGAACAUUUAUUCCAAGAGGAGUUUGCAGAAUUUCAAGGAAGUUAAUGGAUUGAACUUGUAUGGUUGGAUCAGUAUAAUCUCAUUGCUUUACCUGUUUCCAGUUGCGGUUUUUGUUGAAGGAUCACAAUGGAUUCAGGGGUAUCAUAAAGCAAUUGAAUCAGUAGGAAAAUCAUCCACUUUCUAUUUAUGGGUGCUGCUGUCUGGGAUAUUUUACCAUCUGUAUAAUCAAUCAUCUUACCAGGCGCUUGAUGAAAUUAGUCCUUUGACAUUUUCAGUUGGGAACACUAUGAAGAGGGUGGUGGUGAUUGUAUCAACUGUUUUAGUUUUUAGGAACCCUGUUAGGCCUUUGAAUGCACUUGGAUCAGCUAUUGCCAUAUUUGGGACUUUCCUGUAUUCACAAGUGACAGCUAAGAAGAAAACAAUAGAGGAAAAGAACUGACAUUCUGUCAAUCUGUCUCUUUAACAGGACCCUUCUUGCUACUUUGGAUCCAGCAUUUGGUUUGCAGACUUGGCUCCUAGACUCUGUGAAUUCUAGUCUUUACCCCCUGCACCCUGAGUCCCAAAGGGAGAUAUUUUUUGGUGCAAAUUAUGAAUUUGUAGUUGUGUCUUAAUUUCUUGAAAGCUCUGUAAUUAUAUGCUUAUAUAAUUCCUAAUCUUUAGAAUUCGGUGAUUUUAA